AGGAUAAUCGUCUUAAUUUAUUUAUUUUGCUGCAAUACGAUGCACGAACAAUACCCUGUCGUUUGGCUCCGAGUACGUCAGGGGUGCUUUGAGGUAUUAAAUUUCUACGUAUCUUUAUUGAUCAAACGAUUCACUUCUGAUCGUCUUCAAUGGUAGUAGAACAUUUAGCUAGCUAAGUAGCUAUCUAAAUGUUCUAUGACAGAAUUGAACGGAUACUGUUCCGCAUUCUUCUCGUCCUCCAUGUUUGUUCGAAUUUGGAACACCUAAAAUUCGAUGACCCGACGAUUUUAGAUUGCACCAACUAUCCCCACUUUUGUUUAUCGCACCUUCAUCCCACCAGCAAUGGUUUUUUGCAUGACGAUCUUGGUGAACGCGGCAUUCCUGUCACUCGCAGUUGUGUCAGGCCAGAGCGUCAUCGACCCUGUGCCCCCUUGCCUGGAUGCCCCAGCAGGGUGGUCGGCCGUGCUUGGAUCGCUCACGCAAAUUUCCGUCGAUAAGUCCGUUGUAUGUGGAUUGAAUGCCCUCGGCAAGUUCAAGGUGUACUGCAGUCAGAAAAAACAACCUGCGUCGUGGUGGACGUUGCCAAACGUUGCGUUUAAACACGUGGCGGUACGUGACGGCAUCGUGUUUGGCAUCCAGACCGACGGCAAGCUCGUCACCGGCCCCGUCGGUCCCACAGCCACGUUUGUGGAAGUAUUGACCCCAUUUUGCGAAGCCUCCAAAGUCACCGUCGACGGGUCGACGGUUUGUGUGGUGACCACCCGGAAUCAAGUGUUUUGCGCGAACACAUCGGCCACCGCCGGCUUCCCCGCGUCCGUCAGGUGGCAGAGAUUGGAUGGCACGGUUACCCAACUCGCCCUCGCGGGGUCGACUCUCUAUGGCGUGAAUGGUCAGAACCAACUAUGGAGAGGCAUCGUCACCGCUGGUUCGCUCGCGUCGGGGGUGGCUAGUUGGACACUUGUGCCCACGAUUCAACUGCAGCAAGUUUCGUACGACGGAGUGCGCGUGUGCGGUGUCACACCGGUGCAAAAGGUCGUGUGCUCGUCAGCAGACGGAAAUGCGAUCAAUGGCAACGGCUCUCUAACGUGGACAACAUUGGAAGGCGAGCUGGCGCAAGUGAGUCAGUUUGGCGCGUCGCUGUACGGCGUCGACGCCGCUGGGCACAUUUUCUACCAAGAUCUACUGCCUGGUACUACUCCUACAACAACCCCCCUUACAACCCCUCGAUCGAAUGUCGCUGCUGCGUGGACUGUGGUGCCCACCCCAAACAUCGCCCUCGUGACUGUGUCGUCGUUCGGUUCGAACGUGUGCGGCACUGACAGCGCCGGUUCCAUCUACUGCAGUACCUUUGACGCCAACAACCCGUCGGUGGUCGCGUGGGUGCAACUCCAAGGAGCCCUCCAACAAGUGGUGGUGGGCGCCAAUGGAGUGCUCUACGGUGUGAAUUCUGCAAACGCCAUCUAUUACGCACCUACGUGCAGGGCUACGUCCCCAAGUUGGGUGCAGCAGUGGGGGGCCCUGAACAACAUUGCGACCGACGGCACGGUGCUAUGCGGUGUGAACAGAGGGUCGCAAGUCUACUGUGCAUGGCAAAACAUCCAGUCCAGCACCCCCAACUGGACGUUGUUGGACGGCAGUUUGAAGCAACUGGUCGUGGCCAAUGGUCUCUUGUUUGGCCUCGAUGCCACCAACAAGCUGUGGACAGGUACGUCUACGAAACUCGCGUCCGGCACGGCCUGCUGGAAGGCCAUCGCCAACUCUGCCACGUACUCCCAAAUAUCGUUUGACGGUCUCCGCCUCUGUGGCGUGGUGACCAGUGGAAGCAAAAUCCAGUGCGCCGACGCUGGGCUCGCCACGUCACCAAACUGGUUCGACCUCCCCGGCGCAUCCUCCAACAUGGCGCAUGUGUCAGUUCAACGCAACAACUUGUUUGUGCUCGCGACCAAUUCGACCUUGCUCUACCGAGCUCUCAACACAGGCGACGUCAACUGCUAAGAAUGCAUUCAAGUUGGUUUGUUUAACAUAUCAACAUUUGUUUUUUGUAUUUGAAAAAACAUGCACACGAGUUUUCCUGGAUCGCC